AUGUCUUUAGUGCAAUAUAAAAAGUUGUGGCCAAAAGCAGAAUUGAACCACACCGAUGUUAAACUGUCUACAUACACGGGGGAGUCUAUUCCAGUAGAGGGAGAAAGGGAUGUUACUGUAACGUAUCAAAAUGGUAACCCAAUGGUAUUGCCAAUCACUGUGGUAAGAAAUAGUAACCGCUGUAAACCAUUGCUGGGGAGAAAUUGGUUGAAACAUAUCAAACUUGAUUGGAAUUCAAUUUUCAAAAUUAACUAUUCUGAUGUUAAAAUCAGUACACUGCUUGAUAAGUAUCCUGAAUUGUCUUCACCUGGAUUAGGUUGUGCAAAAACUGAAGCUAAAUUGGAGAUUGAUGACAGCGUUAAGCCUAAAUUUUAUAAACCACGACCUGUACCUCUUGCACUCAAAGAAUUGGUCGAAGCUGAACUUGAUAGACAAGUUGAAAUCGGUGUUUUGAAGCCAUGUAAAACAUCCGAUUGGGCUGCACCUAUGGUUACCGUAUUAAAAGCUGAUCAGAAGUCAGUUCGGCUCUGUGGAAGUUAUGACUUGACUGUAAAUAAAGCAAGUCGUCUUGAGCAGUAUCCAUUGCCAAAGGUGGAUGAAUUAUUGACUAAAUUUGCUGGUGGGGAAAAAUUCUCUGUUAUUGAUCUGAAAGAGGCAUAUCUGCAGAUACCAUUGGCAGAAGAGAGUCAAAAGUACACAGUAGUUAAUACACAUAAGGGAUUAUUCACGACAAAUCGUCUUGUUUAUGGAAUAUCAAGUGCCCCAGCUAUAUUCCAGAGAUAUCUUGAAACACUGCUGGGUGACAUAGCAGGUGUAGGUGUUUUCCAAGACGAUAUUGGAGUAACCGGUUCUUCUGAUAAAGAACACAUAGCCAGAUUGGAAGAAGUUUUCAAGCGUCUUACAAAUGAAGGUCUAAAAAUUAAUCCAAACAAAUGUAAAUGGAUGGUUUCAGAAAUUACUUAUCUUGGAUAUCGUAUAAAUAAACUUGGAGUUCAACCAACUGAAGAUAAUCUGAGAGCUGUUCUGGAUGCCCCAGAACCACAAAAUAUACAUCAGUUGCGCUCAUAUCUGGGGAUGCUUAAUUAUUAUGGUAAAUUCAUUAAAAAUUUAUCAACUGUUGCUGCUCCUUUGUAUGAACUUCUUCGUUCGAAUGUUCGAUGGCACUGGAAUAAAAGGCAAGUGGAAGCUUUUAAGAAAACGAAAUCGCUAUUGUGUAAUGCUCCAUGCCUUGCUCAUUUUGACGGAAAUGCCGCCGUCAUUGUUUCUGCAGAUGCCAGUCCUUAUGGAAUCGGAGCAGUUUUAUCUGUAAUAACGCAGGAAGGAGAACGUCCUGUGGCUUUUGCAUCCAGAUCUUUGUCAAAACCAGAGCGUAAUUAUAGCCAAUUGGAUAGAGAGGGAUUAGCUCUAGUAUUCGCUGUUACAAAGUUCCAUUCAUUUUUAUAUGGAAGACCGUUUGUUUUGGAAACUGAUCACAAGCCACUUCUCGGUUUACUUGGGAAGAAUAAGCCACUUCCUGAUGCAGCUCCACCGAGAAUGAUCCGUUGGAAAGUAUUACUUGAUGGAUAUCAAUACGAAUUAGUGUAUGUUCCAGGUAAAAACCAAGCCAAUAGCGAUGCACUAAGUCGUUUGCCUUUGCCUGUUAAACCGGAUUAUAUACCGCCUUGUGGUGAUGUAGUGAAUCUUCUUGAAGCAGUCGAUUCUACCCUUGUUAAAGUUGAUGCAAUUCAGUCUUGGACGAGAAGAGAUCCUGUACUGUCCGCAGUUAUGCAUCAUACUCAAAUGGGCUGGCCAAAAUCUUCUGACAUAGACCCAGAAUUACAAAUUUAUAGAAGCAAAGAGACGGAACUAAGUGUCCAUGAAAAUUGUUUAUUUUGGGGUUGUCGAGUAAUUAUUCCGCCACAAGGAAGACAGAAAGUGUUGCAAUUACUUCACGAUGGUCAUCCUGGUAUUUGUUCUAUGAAAAGAAUUGCUCGUAAUCAUGUAUGGUGGCCUGGGGUUGAUGCUGAUAUUGAAGAGUUGGUGAAAUCUUGCAGUUUGUGUCAACAGUUACGUCCCAGUGCACCUCAAGUUCCUGCUAGCCCAUGGUCUUAUCCUAAUGGUCCAUGGCAAAGAAUACAUAUGGACUAUGCCGGUCCAGUUGAUGGGAAAAUGCUUCUUGUUAUUGUUGAUGCGUUUAGCAAAUGGCCAGAUGUGUGGAUUACAUCGUCAGUUUCUGCUCAUGAAACUAUUGAAAAAGUCAGACUUUCAUUUGCUACACAUGGAUUACCACUAGUUGUAGUCACUGACAACGCUGGUUGUUUUGCAGGAGACGAAUUUGCAACAUUUCUAAAGGCAAAUGGAGUGAAGCACUUGUUUUCACCACCGAGACAUCCGGCUUCUAAUGGCCAAGCUGAAUCAAUGGUAAAACAAGUUAAACUUGGAUUGAAGAAACAAGCACCAGCAUCUUUGUCAGUCAGACUUGUUCGGUGGUUAUUUAAAUACCGAACUACACCACAUACAACGACUGGUCAGACUCCGUCGGAAUUACUUUUUCGUCGUAAGAUUAGAACGCAUCUUGAUCUAAUCGCACCUUCAUCACGUUUGAAGAAGUCAGCAGAGAAUGUUCCAAGUGGAAUAAUAAGAACUUUUCACAUUGAUGACCCAGUUUUUAUUACAGAAGUCGUUGGAUCUCGUUUCAAAUGGUUACCUGCCACAGUAACUGAAGUUAUGGGUCAAAUGUGUCGUGUUCGUUUGAACGAUGGAAGAAUUUUUAGACGUCAUCUUGAUCAUAUUCGACAUCGAUUUUCUGCUGAUGAUGUAAUGGUACGUGAAGGGAAUCAAGAUUUUAGAAUGAGUGAGAGAAUACCAGCUGCAAUUCCAACAGGAAUACCUGAUGUUGAUGUGGGAGAUAGAAAUUCAACUCCUACCUCUACUGCUACUGAAGAGACUGAUGAAUCUCAAAAUGACAGAGACAAUGUAGACCCAGUUCCUAAUUUUCCAGAAUCGUCCAGUAAUUCAAACAUACCUUAUAAAACAAGAUCUGGCAGAAUAUCAAAACCGCCAGAAAAACUAUCUCUAUAA